AGCAUACAUCGGUGGAUGAUACAGCCAAAAAAGGGGGCGUUAAGGGGAGGCAUUUUUUCAGUACGGCUCACAGUUGCGUGUCGCUGGAGAGAUGCACGUAAACUCGACACUGAUUAAUAAACCUUCGCUUUUGAAGACGAAACAAGCGGAUCGUUUUUUUCGGGGAAAGGACCUAUGAGUUUGGCUACGCCAGCACCGCAUGGUUCCUGUUUUCUGUGGGUGAAAAGUGACUUCAUUCCGCGGGUUACACCAGCAGUGUAACCUAAUCUGUCAUGCGGCGCUGCGCUGAAUGAAGUCGGGAGACCUCGGAUGGGUGUGCGCUCUCCCGUGUGGAAGCUACAUCAUAACCACUGCCCACUUGACAUCCAUCCAACAAAGUGCAUUUAUUGCACGCUUUCGGAAAGAGGGAUUCGGAGUCUUCGUUUUUGUUAGCUCGAUCUGUUUCCUUUUUGCCACCCAACCUCUGUUUCUUCCUGGCUUUUCGUCAGCACUUUUCCAGUAAUUCUUGCUUCAGUGAACCAGCUAUGCUGUACGACUUGAUCUCGCGGGGACGCAGAAAAGAGCAUACGAUAAGUGUACCCUAAAAUGGACCCAAGGCAGUCCUAAACCUGGCCAGAAAAGUAUCGCUAUCUGGAACAAUAUCCGUAACAUCAGCAACAACAUCAGCAGAAAGAGAGAAGAUUCGUCGCCGGGUUUAACGAGUUUACUCUCCUUGCCGUAUCCAAAUUUGCCAUCUCUCACCCUCCGUUUUCUAGCGGUGAAAGGGCAAUUCUGAGGAGCACUAGGUCAUCCCUAUAAUUUGAUCGGACUUACUGCAGGAGUUGUGUGCGCCUAACAAGCACCAUUACUCUCCGAACAAUAUACAGAAUAACUGCUCAUGAGACGGUUAGAAUAACCACCCGGAGACGCGGAGAAAUAAUAAACUACCGAACUGGUUCAUCAUCUUUAUUGCACCUGAACCCACGGGAAUAAUAAUAAAUAUGAACAGACAUUAAUGGUUAUUAAUGGUACGGCGUAUCUGGGGAUUUUUAAAUACUGGGAAGCACUACAGUAAGCGGCAUACAAGGACUGUGAUUUUGAUCCUCGAACGCGCUUUAGUCUCAAGGAAAUAUACAAAGAUGCAUCGUUAUUUGAACACCACCUAUUCGCAUGCGUGUUGUGCUUUUUUAUUCUUGCUGUGGACAACACUUGGCACGACGGUCGUCGGUGUAGAUGGGUCCCAGCAAGGGAUACCGUUGUCUGUUGUGAAGUUGUGGGCCUCUGCCUUUGGGGGAGAGAUUAAAUCCAUUUCAGCCAAGUACUCAGGUUCACAACUGCUGCAGAAGAAAUACAAAGAAUUUGAGAAAUUUGUCCGAGUUGAAGAUAUUGAUGGUUUGAAGCUUGUUAAGAAACUGGCCAAAAACAUGGAGGAGAUGUUCCACAAGAAAGCAGAGGCCAUGAGACGCCUCGUUGAGGCUGCAGAGGAAGCCCACCUGCAGCACGAGGAAGACCCAGAGCUGCAGUAUGAAUACUUCAAUGCCGUUUUAAUAAACGAAGUAGACAAAGAAGGCAAUAGCGUGGAGCUCGGAAAGGAGUUCGUUUUGGAGCCAAACGAGCAUUUUAAUAAUUUGUCCGUCAACCUUAGCCUCAGUGUUGUUCAAGUUCCCACCAACAUGUACAACAAAGACUCUGCAAUACUGAAUGCGAUAUAUUGGUCAGAGGCACUGAACAAAGUGUUUGUGGAUAAUUUUGAGCGGGACUCGUCACUGAUAUGGCAGUACUUUGGCAGUGCCAAGGGUUUCUUCAGACAGUACCCAGGUAUAAAAUGGCAUCCGGAUGAACAUGGGGUCAUCGCUUUCGACUGUAGGAAUCGCAAAUGGUAUAUUCAGGCUGCCACGUCACCGAAAGAUGUGGUGAUUCUGGUUGAUGUCAGCGGGAGCAUGAAAGGACUGCGGUUAACUAUCGCCCGGCAGACGGUCAUGUCCAUUCUGGACACACUUGGAGACGAUGACUUCUUCAAUAUAAUAGCAUACAAUGAAGAGCUGCACUAUGUGGAACCUUGUCUAAAUGGAACUUUGGUCCAAGCCGACAUAACCAACAAAGAACACUUCAGAGAACACCUGGACAAGCUGUCCGCUAAAGGAAUCGGAAUGCUGGAUAUCGCCCUGACCGAGGCCUUUUUGCUACUCAGUGAUUUCAACCAGACCGGCCGCGGAAGCAUCUGCAGCCAGGCCAUCAUGCUCAUCACGGAUGGCGCCGUCGACACAUACGACUCUGUGUUUGAGAAGUACAACUGGCCCGACAGGAAGGUGCGAAUAUUCCCCUACCUGAUAGGGAGAGAGGCUUCCUUUGCUGAUAACCUGAAAUGGAUGGCAUGUGCGAACAAAGGAUAUUUCACCCAAAUCUCCACUCUGGCCGAUGUGCAGGAGAACGUAAUGGAAUAUCUCCAUGUUCUAAGCCGGCCCAAGGUUAUCGACCAGGAGCACGACACGGUCUGGACAGAGGCUUACAUGGACAACACACUUCCUCAGGCCCAAAAGCUUGGAGAGAGCCAAGGUCCGGUGCUGAUGACCACUGUAGCAAUGCCAGUAUUCAGCACUAAAAACCAAACGAGAAACAGGGGCAUCCUUCUGGGUGUGGUGGGCACAGAUGUUCCCGUCCAGGAGCUCCUGAAAACCAUUCCAAAGUACAAGCUAGGUAUCCAUGGGUAUGCCUUCGCGAUCACAAACAACGGCUACAUCCUGACCCACCCGGACCUGCAGCCUAUGUAUGAAGAAGGAAAAAAGAGGAAGAAACCAAACUACAGCAGUGUGGAUCUCUCUGAAGUGGAGUGGGAAGAUAAAGAUGACAUUUUGCGCAAUGCCAUGGUUAACAGGAAGACUGGAACAUUUUCUAUGGACGUUACAAAGACUAUAGAUAAAGGGAAACGUGUCCUUGUCUUGCACAAUGAUUACUACUAUACCGACAUCAAGGGAACUCCUUUCAGUCUAGGGGUGGCCCUCUCCAGGGGACAUGGAAAAUCUCUUUUCAGAGGGAAUGUUUCUGUGGAAGAAGGGCUUCACGACCUGGAGCACCCCGAUGUGGCCUUAGCAGACGAAUGGACUUACUGCAACACGGACCUUCACCCGGAGCAUCGCUACCUGUCGCAGAUAGAAGCCAUCAAGCUCUACCUCGGCAAACGAGACCCGCGCCUGAAGUGUGACAAAGAGCUGAUUCACGAGGUCCUGUUUGACGCGGUGGUGACGGCUCCGCUUGAAGCCUACUGGACGAGUCUGGUGCUGAACAAAUCAGAGAACUCGGACAAAGGCGUGGAAAUCGCCUACUUAGGUACCCGGGCGGGGCUGUCCAGGAUCAACCUGUUUGUGGUCCCUGAGCAGCUGACUAGUCAAGACUUCCUGACAGCUGAAGACAAAGAAGGAGUGUUCAACGCCGACCACUUCCCAUUGUGGUAUAAGCGAGCAGCAGAGCAGGUCCCGGGCACCUUCAUCUACUCUCUCCCCUUCGGCGCAGGGUCUGAAAACAAAAGUGUGGUCUUAGCUAGCACUGCCAUCCAGCUGUUUGAUGACAGAAAGUCUCCCAUCACUGCAGCUGUGGGGAUCCAGAUGAAGCUGGAAUUCUUCCAAAGAAAGUUCUGGACAGCUAGCCGACAGUGUGCCGCUCUCGACGGGAUGUGCUCCAUAAGCUGCGAGAAUGAGGAUAUCAACUGUUACCUCAUCGACAACAAUGGCUUCAUCCUGGUGUCUGAAGACUAUUCCCAGACAGGUAUGUUCUUUGGUGAAGUGGAAGGAGCCGUGAUGAGCAAGCUGCUCUCCAUGGGCUCAUUUAAAAGGGUUACUCUUUACAACUAUCAAGCCAUCUGUAAAAUCGAUGCAGAGAGCAGUGCCAGUGCACACAGUUUAUUAGACCCUUACCUCGCUGUCUUCGCUGCUGUGAAAUGGCUCUUCACUGAACUUGUCAUAUUCCUGGUGGAGUUUAACCUGUACAGCUGGUGGCACUCAGACCUCACUGCUACAGCCCAGCGGAGCGGCAGGACCAUGGUGGUGCCGUGCGACACUGAGUACCCGGCCUUUGUCUCCGAGCGCACGAUCAAGGAGACCACUGGGAACAUCGACUGCGAGGGAUGCUUGAAAUAUGGCAUCUUUAAAAUCCCCCAGGAUGCUUCUUCCCUGAAGUGAAACCUCUGACCUGCAUGGUGCGUGCUAAGGUGGAUUGAGGAGUUGAAUGGUACCAUCAGUUGCAUGCAGUCGGUCAUUGUGAUUUUAAGAAGGAAUAUCUCUUGUACACAUUAACAUGGUGCCUUGUGCAAAAAAGCACCUAUAGACUUUGGUUGUAAAUAGCUCCAAUUCAUUGUCUUUUCCUGCUAUUCUCCACAUUUCAGUAACAUGGGGGUGAAACAGUGUUUUGGAAUAUUCAGGCCCAUUAGCAAAGCAUUUCUGGGGUUCUGGCUGCCUGUAGUCAAUGUCAAGUACAAAGUAAUAAUUUUAACAUCAAGUGUCUGUUACACCCAAAGUCCAUAAUUUUGAAUUUAAAAAAUACAAUGUAGAAAUUAAUAAAGAUCAACUUUUGUUUGGGGAAACCUUUUAGCAGAUGCAUUAGUGAAUCAGAGCCUGAAGAAACCGGCUGAAUUGCAUCAUUUUAGUUUUAAAUGGCAGCAUGAAAAGUUUUUUAGCCUUGAAAAUGGUACGAUGCUAAAGCUGUCAGCCUGGUAGACGUGCGCAGCUAGCAGAAUGUUCUCCGCUACAUCUGCAUGUCCCAUGGCAAACUGGAAUGAAGCCAGCUCCAUUAAAUAGUAUGUAGGAAGUGAACAGUGUAAAAGCAUGAUCUUAAAUCUUCUCCAAACAGCAAUGGCGAUUCGUCUGAUUGCCUCGCCUGAUUCCCCAGUGUCUAAUUAAGGUUUUCAUAAUUUGCCACAUCUGUUUGUGUUUUGGAACACAGUCAUAUUUUUAAAUGAUUUUAUUUCUUCCCUCAGUUAAGCCAGCGUUAACAUUUGUCUGACCAUUUUAAAAUUUCUUGUC